CACGCGAGUCGGGUGACAUUCUCCGAUUCACCAGCACUUCUGGGAUUUUCUGCUCACUCCUUUUGGUCGGGUGCUUACACGUCAAGGUUUUCUUCGUUUUUUAGAUUUGCUGCAUAUUUGUUGUAGAUAGACACCAUUAGAUCAUCAGCCAUGCCACCCACUCUGAUUCUCAUCCGCCAUGCUCAGGCACUACACAACGUUGACAAAAAUUACGACAUCCAUGACCCGGAUCUAUCCGAGGCCGGCUUCGGGCAGCUCAAGGCGCUCAGGGAAAGCCUCAUGAACAACCCUGUCGCCCAGAAUGCAGGGCUUAUUAUCACCAGCCCCAUGCGCAGGACUAUACAGACGGCACUCGGCUCAGUGGACUGGCUCAUUGCUAAGGGAAUCCCUAUAGUAGCAGAUGCCGACUGGCAAGAAAACACGGCCAAGCCUUGCGACACGGGCACGCCUGCACCUGCACUGGGCCGAGAAUUCCCCACGAUCGACUUCUCAACUCUGGACGCAGUCUACCCAGACAAGUCGACUCCAGCUGGUGCCAAAUAUGCUUACAACAAGAAGGCCCUCCUCGCGCGCGGCCAGUCUGCUCUCAAGGCGCUUUACAAUCGGCCCGAAAAGGUCAUCGUCGUGGUCUCUCACUCUGGGUUUCUGAGGGAGUGUGUAUCAGGAUGGUGGUACUUCAACUCAGACUAUCGGGUCUUCGAGUUCGAGGAACAUAAAGACGAUACUGAGUUGUACGCACUCCGACAAGAUCCCACGACGCUGGCGAACGGUGGCGGUCUAGGCUUGAGUUUUAAGGAUCCAGUAGAGUUAGGCGGUCGUUUGCGGCAGGAGAAUGCUACAAGCUCAACUUAGUCUAUAGUAGACAGCGCGAAUAGACUUAUAUGAACCCAAAAGUUCGGCACGUAUGAUCGAGUUCAUAGUAUAACUUCCAUUACCAUGUGAAUUUUGAGCCCCUAUUAAGACGAGAGGAUUGUGUUGAGGAGUCCAUGUCGAUGGUCACAUGUGAACGGACACAAAGUUGGACCAAAAGAACCCCAGAAUUAUCAAAGAGCCUCUUCACCCAGAAACAUGGAACAGCCAGCCCGUAC